AUGCCGCCGAAGGAAAACAAAAAUAAGCCCAUAGCUCCAAAGAAGGAUGAAGGCCAAGGAAAAGAGGCUGAACCAAUUGAUACUGAAAUGGAAGAUGUCAAAGUGUCCAGAAGCUCUGUCAGUGCUAUGCAAUUGCCUUCCAUCACUGACAUCAAAGGAUGGAGCAUGGAAAUGAUGGCUCAGUACAUCUGGAUUAAACUCAUGAGCCCUGAUGAAACGCCUUUGACUGAAGUUUCUUUGGAGGGUGUUCGCCAUGUGGAUGGCCUCAAGAAGGCAAUCAAAAAGGAGAUGCCAAAUGUGCUUAAAGAUUAUGACAGUAGCCAGCUUAUUCUCAAGGCCAAGAAGAGCACUGAUAAUGAUGACCAAGCAGUUGAGCUUGGAAACCCAAGAGAAUUAAUGGCCUCAGUCCAUCAGCGCUUUGGUAGUGAUUGUGAAGUACUUGUCUCUGUCCCAGCUGUUUCUCCAAGAAAAAUAAUCCUGGCAAAUGAUAAGAUUGAGGAAACACUAACAAAAAUUAUCAACGGUGUAAACCACCAGCCACAUACAAUAAAAAUGGAGGAAGUUGAAGAAUUUCAAAGGGGAAAGCUGGGGUGCUUUUACAAAAAACUUCUACCACCUGGCUCAACUGCAACUAGGCUGUAUCUGCCAAUGCUGGGACAAGUGCUACCUGAUAUGCAGCCAACAACAGGUGGGAAAAAGAGAACAUUCUCUGAAAUCAUUCAGAGUGACAUUACUGAGACAAGCAGUCAUCACAUAGUGGCAAUGGUUGCUCGGUCAGGCUCAGGGAAGACUGCAACAGUGAUUCAACUGGCAAAGAAGCACUUUGUUAUCUAUGUUGUUUGUGAGGCUGUAAACACCUACAGUCCUGACUUCAGUGACAGAAACUUUCGCAUCCUUGCACGGGACAUUGAAAAUAUGUGUUCCAGACUUCCAAAACCAGUUCAAGUUGACAAUAAUAGACAGAAAUACAUGGAUGACCUAAGAAGUUAUGACAAUCAGCUAAAGAACCUUGCAAGUGAAUGUGUCCAGUUGGAAUUCUUGGCAUGCCAGCUGUUCCUGGAGCUGCUUUUCAGAAAAAAUUCUCAAGUCACACCAGAGGUGUUCUUUCAUGAGCAACUCAAUGGUGGAUCUGCAACAAUCGGAAAUCUGGUAGAGGAGCUACGCAUGUAUGACCCACAGACAAUCCGUAAUAUGCUUAAACAUGUGGAGCGCCAUCUGCAAACAUUCCUUACUGGCCGAGGCCUUGUAAUUGCAUUGGAUGAGGCACACAUAGCAGAGACUGAUUGUUUACAUGACAGAUUGAUCUCACCAAGUGCAAUAACUAACAAUGAAAACUUCCUUGACCACAAUGGCACAAUACGUCUGGAUCUUCGCUGUGGGUUUCUCACCCCUCUAUGUUCAGCAUUGGGUGACAUGCAUGCAACACUAGUGGUGCUUGGAACAAGGUUGACACUUAUGGAUGCUAGUCAUGUAUAUUCAGCAAUUGCUAAGCCAAAUGUCCGGUUUGAGAAGAUUACAUCCUUCCCUUCAUGUGAUGAAUCUCAUGUGGAGGAGUUGCUGGGCCAAAUAAUUGAUAUAUCAGAUUGUGAAAUCCAACCUGAAAAGAAGCGACAGCUCAGUGGACGGUUCCGAUUUACAACUAGUGUUGCCACCCAGAUCUGCAACAGAGAAUGCUCUAAUACAACUGUAAUCAGGCAUCUACUCAGCCGCAUGGUUAUAGCAUACAAGCUGAAGGGUGGCAAGAUAGCUUUUACACAACAGGAUGAAUUUGACUUUGUGAACAGUGGUGUGUGUGCUCUGCGAGAGGACUCUGAUGGUUAUCACUGGGCUGUAGAAGAGCCACUAGUGAUUGAGGUGCUUGAGGAGGAGCUAAGAGCUUCAGAAUUUGACCCAGAAGUCCUUGCAUAUCUUGACCAAUUCAACACAAUGCUUACCAAUCUGGGGACAAACUCAGUAGCAAAGGGGGAGGCAUUUGAACUGCUGGUGUAUCGAUCCUUGCAGCGCUUUAAUGGCAAAGUUCUUGUGGAUCUACCUUUCAUCAAGGAUAUCAAGAAUCUUCCAGAAUGGUGCAAAACUACAACAUUGAAUGUGAGAAAAUUUGGUACAGCAAAAGAACUUGGAUAUGACAACAACAGUACAUGGGGUGAUGUUGAGUUCUUCGAGAAAACUCCUGGGGGGGAGUUACUGAUCCCGAACAACCUCACACGACCAGAUGGGGCAUUGCUAUUGGAAGGUAAAGAACAUGGUCUAUCCCUUGCAAUUAAGCUCUAUUCACAACCUGUGAAUAGUG